CAUCGCGAGUUAUAUUUGAAGACUUUAAUUUGGCGGUAUCAGUUGUUGUCGCAAUAAUGUCUUCAGUCCAGUAUCUGAGAGAUGUUAUCAAGGAGAGAUUAACUGCAGCAGCAGAACAAAUCUUCUCGGAGUUUGAAAAAACGAUCGUCCGGUAUGAGGAGGAGAUCAGUCAGCUAAGACCGCUGGAUAUCAGACCCGGGAUAAAGUCACACAAUACAGGACUUGAUGAUCAGCAGAUCUUUGACCAGGAGAGAAGCUCCAGUCUCCACCAGCAGGACCCAGAGCCUCCACAGACUAAAGAGGUACAGGAGGAAAUCUGCAGCAGUGAGGAAGGAAAGCAGCUUGAACUGAAGCAGGAGGCUGAAGACAUUGAUGUGUGGACCGGAGAACAGCUGGAUUUGUUGUGUCAACCUGGAGUAGAGCGGACCACAACAGACCUCCCACAGCAACAUGAUUGUAAGGAAAACUGUAGCCAGGAGAGGAACUCCAGUCUCAACCAGGAGGACCCAGAUCUUCCAGAAACUAAAGAGGAACAAGAGGAAAUCUCCCUCAAUCAGGAAGAAGAGCAGCUUUCACUGAAGCCAAAAACCAAAGAUGUCAUCGUCUGGACCGGGCAGGAGCUGGGCAUCAUGUGGAACCCUGAAGUAAAGCUGCAAAGAAUAGAUUUUCCACAACAUGACUGUAAAGAACAGGAGGAUCCUUUGCAGAUUAAAGGGGAACAGGAGGAACUCGGUACCACUGAAGAGGGAAAACCGUUUGUACGAAAGCAAGAGACUCAAACUUUUCCUGCUCGUAAAGAAAGUGACCACAGUGAACCAGACCUAAGCAGUGACCAGCUCCUUUCUCACAACUAUCCUGACACAGAUCAGGACGAAAGCAAGGAUGGUAACUCAGACAGAAAUAAGUCUGAGCAAAUCGUAUCAGGUCUGUCAGUUCAAAAUUCCAAGACAGUACAUUUAUGUGGCACCUGUGGAAAAAAAUUUAAUACUACAAAAAACUUGAAUCGACAUAUGCAAAUUCACACAGGUGAGAAGCCACAUUCUUGUAGCACCUGUGGGAAAAGAUUUCGUCGGAAGUCGCACUUGACUAGACACAUGCAAAUUCACACAGGUGAGAAGUCACAUUGCUGUAGCACCUGUGGGAAAAGAUUUAAUCGGAAGGAACAUUUGAAAAUGCACCUGGAAUGUCAUGCAGGUGAAAAACGAUAUUCCUGUAGCACUUGUGGGAAAAGAUAUAAUGUAAAAUCAAGUUUGAAAACGCACAUAAGAAUUCACACAGGUGAGAAGCCACAUUAUUGUACCACUUGUGGGAAAAGCUUUAGUCAGAAGGGGCAGUUGAAUAGUCACAUGCGAAUUCACACAAGUGAGAAGCCAUAUUUUUGUAGCAUAUGUGGGGAAAGAUUUAAUGUAGUAACAAAUCUGAAAAUACACAUGCAAGUUCACAAAGGUGAGAAGCCACACUCUUGUAGCACCUGUGGGAAAAGAUUUAGUCGUAAGUCACACCUGACUAGACACAUACAAAUUCACACAGGUGAGAAACCACAUUAUUGUACCACUUGUGGGAAAAGCUUUGGUCAGAAGGGGCAGUUGAAUAGUCACAUGCAAAUUCACACAAGUGCGAAGCCAUAUUUUUGUAGUAUAUGUGGGGAAAGAUUUGAUGUAGUAACAAAUCUGAAAAUACACAUGCAAAUUCACAAAGGUGAGAAGCCGCACUCUUGUAGCACUUGUGGGAAAACAUUUAGUCGUAAGUCACACCUGACUAGACACAUACAAAUUCACACAGGUGAGAAGUCGCAUUCUUGUAGCACCUGUGGGAAACGAUUUAAUCGGAAGGAAAAUUUGAAAAUGCACAUGGAAUAUCAUACAGGUGAGAAACGAUUUUCCUGUACCACUUCUAGGAAAAGAUUUACUCUAAAAACAUAUUUAAAUGAACAUGCAAGAAUUCACACAGGUGAGAAGCCGCAUUCUUGUAGCACCUGUGGGAAAAGAUUUACUCUAAAAGCAUAUUUAAAUGAACACAUGAGAAUUCACACAGGUGAGAAGCCGCAUUCUUGUGACACCUGUGGGAAAAGCUUUACUCAGAAGGGGCAGUUGAAUAGACAUGUGCGAAUUCACACAGGUGAGAAACCACAUUGUUGUAGCACCUGUGGGAAAAAAUUUUGUUCUUCAGUACAGUUGAAAAUGCAUAUAGGAAACCAUGCUACAUGCUAAGUUUCAUUGUUAGAAAAUUUUGACGGUAAAACACAAAGUGCUUGGAUCCUUGGAAACUCAGCAUCUGACAAAACUUCAUUUUCAAAAGGUUUUCAGAAGCUCAAUUUCUAUGUUUACUUGUGGACA